GCUGAGGAGCCUUCAGCCCGAAUCACCAGAAGAAGGGAGGUCAGAGUUCAUCGCCGCUAGUGUGUGGCUAGCAUUCUGCGCUCGUUCUUUCAAAAUGGCAAAACAUCACCCUGACUUGAUUUUUUGCAGGAAACAGGCUGGAGUUGCUAUUGGAAGACUAUGUGAAAAAUGUGAUGGCAAAUGCGUUAUCUGUGACUCUUAUGUCAGGCCCUGUACACUAGUUCGUAUUUGUGAUGAAUGCAACUAUGGCUCUUACCAAGGGCGCUGUGUUAUUUGUGGAGGUCCUGGAGUAUCUGAUGCAUAUUACUGCAAAGAGUGCACCAUCCAGGAGAAAGACAGGGAUGGCUGCCCCAAGAUCGUGAACCUCGGCAGCUCGAAGACUGACCUUUUCUAUGAGAGAAAGAAAUACGGCUUCAAGAAGAGAUGAUUAGAUGAAUAUUUUGUCUACCAACCUUUGGCUGCAGAAGCUGGACGUAGUAUAGAGAUUUCAAAAUGAGAGAUCUGGUGUAUUUUAAGUUUGAUUAAAAGUCCAGCAUUUAUGCUUAAAAUCUUUCUUAUUAUUGUUGAUUUUGCUACACAAUAAACUCUCUGGUAUUUAAUUCGUCACAGGAAGAAAGAUACAGAUUUUAGUACAAACCCGAUUCCAGAAAUGUUGGGACACUGUUCAAAUUGUGAAUAAAAACAAUGCAAUGAUGUGGAAGUUUCAAA